AUGAGCCCCACGCGCUGCUGGACCCCGAGAAUGAGCCCCUGCUGCCGCUGGGGUGAGCCCGAGGAGGCUGAAGAAGAGUCUGAGGAGGCUGAAGAGGAGUCCGAGGAGGCUGAAGCAAGCCCAGAGGAGGCUGAGGAGGCUGAAGAGGAGUCCGAGGAGGCUGAAGGAAGCCCCGAGGAGGCUGAAGCAAGUCCCGAAGAGUCUGAGGAGGGUGAAGAGGAGUCCGAGGAGGCUGCAGCAAGCCCAGAGGAGGCUGAAGCAAGCCCAGAGGAAUCGGAGGAGGCUGAAGCAAGCCCCGAAGAGCCCGAGGAUCCCAACGCGAGCUCCUCAGAGUCGGAGGAUUCUGAAUCAAGUUCUGAGGAGCCCGAGGACCACAAAGAGAGCCCCGAGGAGUCCGAGGAGGCUGAAGCAAGUCCUGAGGAGGCUGAAGCAAGCCCAGAGGAGUCCGAGGAGGCUGAAGCAAGCCCCGAAGAUCCCGAGGAGGCUGAAGCAAGCCCAGAGGAGGCUGAGGAGGCUGAAGCAAGCCCAGAGGAGUCCGAGGAGGCUGAAGCAAGCCCCGAGGAGGCUGAAGCAAGCCCCGAGGAGGCUGAGGAGGCUGAAGAGGAGUCCGAGGAGGCUGAAGCAAGCCCAGAGGAGUCUGAGGAGGCUGAAGCAAGCCCCGAGGAGUCCGAGGAGGCUGAAGCAAGCCCCGAGGAGUCCGAGGAGGCUGAAGCAAGCCCCGAGGAGUCUGAGGAGGGUGAAGCAAGCCCCGAGGAGUCCGAGGAGGCUGAAGCAAGCCCAGAGGAGUCUGAGGAGGCUGAAGCAAGCCCCGAGGAGUCCGAGGAGGCUGAAGCAAGCCCCGAGGAGGCUGAGGAGGCUGAAGCAAGCCCCGAGGAGUCCGAGGAGGCUGAAGCAAGCCCCGAGGAGUCUGAGGAGGGUGAAGCAAGCCCCGAGGAGUCCGAGGAGGGUGAAGAGGAGCCCGAGCAGGUCGAGGUGGAUCCCACCCUCCUUGCGGAGCUGGCCAACAUCCUGCAAGAGGCCGAGGCAGCCGAGAAGAACCAGGGCGCCCUGUCCCACCUCCUGGACGCGCUGAACUGGCUGAUCACGCGUCUGAGCAAUCACAUCCUCGGGUGAGCCCUGAGCGCUGCGGGCGGAUCCCGGCUCGUCCCGAGGCUUUUCCCGCUCCGCACGUCCCAAAAACCGCGAUCCUGGAUAAACCCAUCCCAAAGAAACCGAUCUCAAAUAAACUGAUCCUGAAUAAACCAAUCCCAAAGAAACCGAUCUCAAAUAAACUGAUCCUGAAUAAACUGAUCCUGGAUAAACCGAUCCCAAAGAAACCAAUCUCA